GUUGGUACAUCGAGGUAGUGGUUUGGUGUCGUUCCAAAGUAGUAGCAGCAGCAGUACGGCGGUUUCUGUUGCAGGUGGAUUUCGCUUCGCACUCCGUUAAUCUCGCACUCUCGCACUCUCGAACGAGGGUCUCAGCUCAGCUCCGACCAGGUCUACUCCGGCAAGGGUGUUCGCCAAGAGGUUCCAUUCCGCUCGUGAUCGUCGGGUCGUUCGGUUGUCUCGUCUCGUUGCGUUGUCUUGUUCGCUGCUGCUGAUAAGUGCCGGACCGGCUUAGUGAGUCUGCCAGUAGUGAUCGUGCCCGUUUGUCGCGUAAUAUCGUGAUCCUUUAGCAGUCCCUUCAUCGUUUAUCAGUAACAAAAACAACAACACCAGCUUCAUCAUGAGAGAAAUCGUGCAUCUGCAGGCUGGCCAGUGCGGUAACCAGAUCGGUGCUAAGUUCUGGGAGAUCAUUUCGGAGGAGCACGGCAUUGACAACACCGGUGUCUACCAUGGAGAGUCGGAUCUGCAGCUGGAACGCGUCAGCGUCUACUACAAUGAGGCUUCAGCAAUGUCGCGCUCGUCCGGUGGCAAGUAUGUGCCCCGCGCUAUUCUGCUCGAUCUGGAACCGGGCACGAUGGAGGCGGUUCGUUCCGGUGCGUACGGGAAGCUGUUCCGUCCGGAUAACUUCGUCUUCGGACAGUCCGGUGCCGGUAAUAACUGGGCCAAGGGCCACUACACCGAGGGUGCCGAACUGGUCGACGCGGUGCUGGAUGUGGUGCGCAAGGAGUGCGAGAACUGCGACUGUCUGCAGGGCUUCCAAUUGACGCACUCGCUGGGUGGUGGUACCGGCUCCGGCAUGGGUACGCUGCUGAUCUCGAAGAUCCGCGAGGAGUACCCGGACCGUAUUAUGAACACGUACUCCGUGGUACCAUCGCCGAAGGUGUCGGAUACGGUGGUCGAACCGUACAAUGCAACGCUCUCGAUCCAUCAGCUGGUCGAGAACACGGACGAGACGUACUGUAUCGACAAUGAGGCGCUGUACGACAUCUGCUUCCGCACGCUGAAGGUAUCGAAUCCGAGCUACGGUGAUCUGAACCAUCUCGUAUCGCUGACCAUGUCCGGCGUAACCACCUGCCUCCGGUUCCCGGGUCAACUGAACGCGGAUCUGCGUAAGCUGGCCGUCAACAUGGUUCCGUUCCCCCGUCUCCACUUCUUCAUGCCCGGCUUCGCACCGUUGACGUCGCGUGGUUCGCAACAGUACCGUGCCCUGACCGUGCCGGAGCUGACGCAACAGAUGUUCGAUGCCAAGAACAUGAUGGCUGCUUGUGACCCACGGCACGGUCGUUACCUGACGGUGGCCGCCGUUUUCCGUGGCCGCAUGUCGAUGAAGGAGGUGGACGAACAGAUGCUGGCCGUACAGAACAAGAACAGCAGCUACUUUGUCGAGUGGAUCCCGAACAAUGUGAAGACGGCGGUCUGUGAUAUUCCACCGAAGGGACUGAAGAUGUCGUCGACGUUCAUCGGUAACACGACGGCCAUCCAGGAGCUGUUCAAGCGUAUCUCGGAGCAGUUCUCCGCUAUGUUCCGCCGUAAGGCGUUCUUGCACUGGUACACGGGUGAGGGUAUGGACGAGAUGGAGUUCACCGAGGCCGAGAGCAACAUGAACGAUCUGGUGUCGGAGUACCAGCAGUACCAGGAGGCGACCGCUGACGAUGAGUUCGAGCAGGAGGAAUGCCAGGACGAGAUGGAGGGCGAGUGUGUUUGAAUGUGUCCGUGCCGGAACGUCGGUUCGCAUUUCUCCAGCAUAUUUUUUUUUAUUAUUAUUUAUUACAACUUCCCUCGUAGUUAGGCAAAACGAUUUUAUAUUACGAAAGCAAACAGAACAAAAAACAACUACUACCGGAGACCGGUGUGCGUUUGUAUGUGUGUAAAGAAGAACCGAGAUCCCAAGAGAGUGCGAUCGACGCAGAAAAAGACAACGACGAUCGAGACCGAGACCGAGACCGAGACCGAGGGCCAACGAACGAAUCGACUUCGAAGAGCUUGCAGAUCUUCCUCGUUCUUCUGACGUCGUCUUCGUGUCAUGUGGGUGACGAUGGUUGCUUGGAGACAGAUCCCGGUAGCAGCAACUCCUUCGCACGCCUCCAUCCUUACUGGUCACCAAAGGCCGGGCGCACGCGCUCUCGCAGAAUAGAAUUCCAGCAGAGUUUUUCGAGACGGAAAAACUGCUUGCCACGAGUCCAGCAGCAAACACGAAACCAUGGCCGGCGCACAGGUGGGUGGCGGCAACGAAAAAGAAGCAGAAGCGAGUCCCGGGAGCCCGCGCGCUGGCGAUGACAGAAGGAGACGGUUCGUUUGCGAGGAUGCUACGGGAAGCACUCUGUACUGUAGAUGUAAUUUGAAAGCGACGAAGCGCGAUUACGAUUAGCAGCAGCAGCCGCACCCGCAGCAGCAACAGUUGACCGGAGGGAUAUGGUGCAAGAUGUUAAAGAGAGAUUAGCAGAGACUUGACCUUUACUACUACUACUACUACUACUAUAUUUCGGUGUACUCUCCCUAAAGCAUAGACUCAUAGACUGUACGCCGCACCGGUCAUCCAUGCCGGAGUGACGGCGGUUUGUUUUCGAUUCGUAUUCUCACACCACCAAACGCAUAGAAAAGGCGGGGGGGGGGGGGGGCAUACAGCGCAUUCGGGGCUGCACCCAAAGACGAUUGUUUUGAUAAGCAAAUUUGCGGCAAUUGUACCCACAUCGGCAAUAUCGUUGUACGGUGUACACAGUCAAGCGAAAUAUAUUCUCAAUAUUUA